AUGGCUCAAUCUAAGCAUAUAGACAAAGUUCUUGAUAGGCAUAGUGAUGAAACAAUUUCAAAUAAUCGCUUAAGAUUGAAGACAUAUAUUGAUGCUAUUCGAUGGAUUGCAUUUCAAGCAUGUGCAUUUAGAGGCGGCAAUGAAAGUCCUGGAUCUUUGAAUAGGGGAAAUUUUAUUAAGUUAAAUAAACUUUUAGCUUCCCGUAAUCAGAAUGUUAAUAAUGUUAUCCUUGAAAAUUUUCCUGGAAAUACUCAAUAUAUAUCUCCCGGUGUUCAAAAAGAUAUAUUGCAUAUCUUUGCUAGAAAAGUGCGUGGAACACUUCGAGAAGAAAUUGAAAUUUCAUCAGUUCUUUUUCAUCAUAAUCUUGAUGUUCAAAAUCUUAGGGGACAAGCGUAUGAUGGAGCUAGUAAUAUGCGUGGUGAGUUAAAUGAAUUGCAAGCUCUACUUUUGAAAGAUUGCCCUUUUGCUUAUUACAUUCAUUGUCUUGCUCAUCGAUUAGAAUUAGCACUUAUUUCUGCAGCCAAAGAAUUAAGGGUUGCUCAAGCAAGUAAUGUUGCAAACUUAAUUGCCAAUGAUCAAAUUGUGACAGGUAGUGGACUUAAUCAAAGAGUUGAAAAUACUAGAUGGGAGUCUCAUUUGAAUUCUGUACGUAGCUUGCUAUGCAUUUUUUAUGCUACUUGUGAAGUUCUUCAAAAAACACUGAAGAAGAACGUUAAUGGUUUUAUCUGUGACUUCAGUGACCAAGAGAAAUUUCACAUUAGAAUGCAAGCUCAACAUUAUGAACUUGAUGUUCCUAAUCAUGUUGAGUUAACCAACUUGUGCACAAUUUCAGAGUUAUGUCAAGGAUUAACGAAGACAGGAAAGUCUUUUACAUAUCAUUUGAUUGAUCGUUUGAUUCGCUUGGUAUUAACUCUCCCUGUUUCAACUGUUACAAUUGAGAGAUCAUUUUCAGCUAUGAAUAUUGUAAAGAAUAGACUUAGAAACAAAAUAGAAGAUGAAAUUCUUACUAAUUGUCUUUUGAUUUACAUUGAGAAAAUUGCUGAAAGAUUUGACACAGAUUUGAUCAUCAAGGAAUUUUAUGAUAUAAAGAAUCGAUGUAUAUCACUUCGUUAG